GAAGUGACUUAUGACCUUUGUAUAAAGCAUCUGGAUGCAGCUGCUCAAGACCGCAGUUAUAUGUGCACAAAAAAUGCUAUACGAGCGAUAUACGAUCCGAGCGAACACUGCAGUUUGCAGGGCGGGGGUACGAGCGAAUUUGGACAGGUACCAGUCUACGUACGAUCGCUACUGCAUAUGGUGGCGCUAUAUUGCGGACGUGUUAUGGAUCAAUCCGGAAGCAAUCUCUAUUUUUAUUGGUCAGUAAUCGCUGCAUCUGAUUGGUUGAUUUUAGAAUCCUUCCCGCGCAAAUAAGGGGUAUAAUAGUCGACGCUAAAAUUACAAAAUUUAAGUUACUUGAUUGUUUCUUCUGUAGUUUUGUCUAAACUAUAACUCUGCGAAAAUGUCUGGACGUGGUAAGGGAGGAAAGUCUCGCGCCAAGGCCAAGAGCCGAUCUUCCAGGGCUGGUCUGCAGUUCCCCGUGGGCCGUGUUCAUCGCUUCCUUCGCAAGGGCAACUAUGCCGAGCGUGUGGGAGCCGGCGCCCCGGUCUACCUGGCCGCCGUCAUGGAGUACUUGGCCGCUGAGAUCCUCGAGUUGGCCGGCAACGCUGCCCGCGACAACAAGAAGACAAGAAUCAACCCCCGUCACUUGCAGUUGGCCAUCCGCAACGACGAAGAGUUGAACAAGCUUCUCAGCGGUGUCACCAUCGCCCAGGGUGGUGUUCUGCCCAACAUCCAGGCCGUUCUUCUGCCCAAGAAAUCGGCAGCUGCCAAGGCCGGGAAGAAGUCAUCCCAGUCUCUUGAGUACUAAGCGACAGGCAGCUCGACAACACAAAACCAAACGGCUCUUUUCAGAGCCAACAAAUGAAUAAAAGAGGUUAUGAAUCCGU